GAAAAAUGUUUUUUUGCGAGCAAACUCCUUAUAGUUAUCACUAAACAAAAACUAAAUUAUCAUUUUUCGUGAUUGUUUAAUUUUAAUGCUUAGUAAAUCUUUAUUUUGGGGUCAAAACCAUUAUUGAUAUGUUCAGUUCAGUGUCAUACCAAACCGGAUGUCAAGAAACGCAUGCAAGUAAAUCUGGUCUGAAUCUGAUGAAGUUUGGUGAGAUGUUGAUACAGCCAGGGACAUUACUACAGUAUGACUGGUACAAGAGCUGGGAGGGAAGAGAAUCUCUGCUGUCCAUACUGCACAGAAACAUGCACCACAGGAAACUAUUUGGUCUCCUUGAAGAACCUCUGUUGCCAGUUCAGUUCAGCUCAUCUGAUGUUCAAUAUAAGAUUUUCGUAUCUGGCCGUUCAGGUGUCGGUAAAACCAGUGCAUUAGCAAAACUAUCAGGCAAUGAAGUCCCUACAAUGCAUUCUGAAACUCCAGGUAUUCAGACUCAGGUUGUCUACUGGCCAGCAAAGCUUGUUCAGACUAACAAGAUUGUUAUGUUUCGCCUACACUUCUGGGACGCAGGCGAUGCAGCACUGAAGAAAUUUGAUCACAUCCUUCCAGCAUGCAAGGAGAAUGCAGAUGCAGUGGUAUUUCACUUCUCAUUCACGGACAGGGGGAGUUUUGAGGACCUUCCCCGGCAUAUGGCACGCAUUGUUUCUCCCUCGGACAACACCUGCAAGCUUGUUCUCGGAACAAAGUACGACCAGCUAGCACACAGUGACGUCACCCACCAAGAAUUACGCGAGUUCGAACAACAGUACAAGAUCCCUGUGCUAAAGAUCGCCAACAUUGCCAACUACGAACAGUCAGAGCUGCAGACGGAAGUCCACGAGGUGGCGCCGGUGUUGAACACGCUGUGCGAGUAUCUAUGGCGACGAGACCAGGUCGCGGCGGGCGUGCUGCAGACAGAACGACAGACGGACGAACAAAGACACAGCGACGAAGAUCAGAUGGUGCUGUACUUUUAAAGCUGCGAUAUUUUUCAAACUUUCUCGUAGUAGUGGAAAUUUUUUUUAAUGAUUAUUUUUAAGUAGACUCACAGAAUACUGAGUGUAUAUAGUAGAGAAAUUAUAUAAUUUAUUUUAUAUGAAAAUUGUAAAAUAUUAACUUUAUUUGUAAUAUUUUUCUACAGUGUACAUAAGUAAAACAUAGAAUCUUAUCGCAAGAAUUCAAUGAUAUUUUUUUAACUCUUUCCUGUGCUCACCUUUACAUAUAUAUUUAUAUGACAUGUUUCUAUCAUAUUAUUUAGGUGUACAUUUCAAUGAUUAUACAACAAAGUUAACCUAACAAUUCCAGACUAACUUGUAAUAAAAAUUUUGAUUCACAAAUAUAA